AUGCACGAAGCCAGGAUAAUCGCAGUGAUAGCAGCAACAUGCAGUACUAUGGCGAUUCUUGCAUGUGUGGUGGUGAUACCAACUCUCUACAACACCAUCAACGAGGUUGGUACUCGUGUUUGGAUAAUUUUGCUUCUGACUGAAUCCAACGUGUCGCCCACUUCAUCCAGUAAAGGGCAAGCGUUCGGUUCCGCUGUCGUGGUUUAG